AUGAGGAUCAAUCCAGAGGUGGAAGCAUUAUUGGAGGGGAUUCGGUUAGCUACGAGGCAACAUGGAGCAGACUGGCUUCAGGAGCAGUUGGGCUCACUUCUCUCCUCAUCUGGGAAGGCUGAUCAUGGGGACAGACAGCCAGUGAGGGAGACCAGUCAGACACAGAGUUUGAGUCCGGAGGCGGGAGGACAUGUCUGUAGAUGUCGAAGCAGGUCUCCGGAGUUAGUCAGGGGAUGGAAGACGGCCCAGGGAAGGCAAAAGAGCCAAUCUGGAGUGCUGGAGGCAACAGGAAGCAAGGAAGACGGCGAUGAGGCAGUAACGGCAGGUCUUCAGGUUUGCGAAGACGCUGUCAGGUGGGAACAAAGUAGCAGUAGAUUCAUUAUGGAGGAUGAUCAGAGGGACUGGAGAUCAUGUGGUCACAGGGAAGCUCUGGAGGAAGGCGGCAUAGCGGACCAGGCUGGAAGGAGGUCCGCCAUUACACCUGGCAGUCAUGAGAGAUCUGCGGAAGAAACCAGUAACCCUGCUGGACAAAGGUUGGAGAGGCAAGCUUCUGACCGGGUCGAGUGGCACGGGACAACAGCAGAAUCAAGCAUCACAGAAGAGGUUAUGGUUCCGGGUUCAGCUCCAACGCUUCACGCAGCUGGGAGUACUGGUGGGUUGGUGGCAUGGAUUGUGGGAAAUUCCUAUGUCUUCUGGGCCAAACGGAGAGCUGCAGUUCGGGACCGCGGUGAGCAGCUGGGCUUUCCGGAGGCGCAGAUCAAGCUAAAGUGGUUCGGUUUUAGGGGUUUUGGAUGGAAGGAUGUAAUUGGGGAGGUAUUUCAUUUGUUGGAUAGGGGCAAUGCCCCUAACGUUUUGUUGUUGCAUGCUGGGGGGAAUGAUUUGGGGUUAAUUCCACAGAAGGAGCUGGUGAGGCAGAUAAGCCAGGACCUUAGGAAGUUGAAGGACAGGCUGCCUGGGGUCAUUGUAGUGUGGUCAGAGAUAGUGCCACGGCUCAAUUGGAGGCAUGCGAGGGAUCAUGAGGCUGUGGCCAGGUGUAGAGGUAAGGUUAAUAAGCUGGUAGCUAGUUUUACAAAAAAAAUGCAUGGAGUGGUAGUGAGACAUCAGGAGUUGGAGAAGUUGUUGCCAGGGUAUUUCCAGUCAGAUGGGGUGCAUUUGACAGACAUAGGCAUAGAUAUUUUAAUUUUUGGGUUUCAAGAGGGUAUUGAGAGGGCGUUGUCUUUGUGGGGUAGCGGUGGCCAGCUGGCUAAAGGAUUCAAGGGCUGACUUGUGGCGGGGCUGGUCACUAUAAAGUGAGGGGGUGAAAUAAUGGUUGGUCAAUAGGAAGUAGUGUGCUUUUGGUUUCUAACUGGUCUGUGGCUCAGAACCUGGUGUGGGAAACAUGCAUCUCAGUAUUCUCUUUUUUGGUUGGUUAUGUUGUUGGAGUUAAUUGUGGUGUUAUACAUAUGGGAAGGGGUGGGUCAUUGUCAUUGAAAAUAAAUGGGAGAAUGUAUGUACUUUUGGUGAUAAUUCUGACAAUGGUUUUAUCAUGUUAACAAUUUGUUUCCCAUGCAUAUUAAAUCUGUGGCCAAGUUUUACCCAA